GCAUGCGCACGGGGGCGCUGCGCAGCGAGCGGUGGGCGCGAUGAAGCAAGUCUUCAGUCUAAUAGAAAAAUCGUGGUCUGGUUCCUCUGUGCAGUUUGCUUGGCAGAAAACUUUGGGAAAUUUCCUUGCUGUAACAGGAGGUGAUCGCACUGUGAGCAUUUUUGAUCGUCAUGGUCAGAAGAGAAAUGAAAUUACCUUACCAGGUAACUGUGUUACUCUGGACUGGGAUAAAGAUGGAGAUACUUUAGCAAUAAUCACAGACAAAUCUAGUGCCAUUUAUCUCUGGGAUGCCAACACAAACAAAACAAGCCAAUUAGACAGUGGCAUGAGGGAUGCAAUGUCUUUCUUGUUAUGGUCUCGAGUUGGAACUUUACUUGCUGUUGGAACCACUAAGGGAAACUUGCUUAUAUAUAACCGCCAGACUUCUCGCAAGAUUCCUGUUCUUGGUAAGCACACCAAGCGGAUUACUUGUGGUUGUUGGAGCACUGAAAACCUUCUGGCUCUAGGUGGUGAAGAUAAAAUGAUUACUAUAAGCAAUCAGGAAGGGGAUACUAUAAGACAGACCUCAGUGAACUCAGAACCCAGUGAUAUGCAGUUCUCAGUUAUGAAGACUGACGAAAGAGUAUCAACCAGGGAAAGCACAGUAAGUGUAGUGGUCGGCAAGAAGACUCUCUUUCUUUUUAAUUUGAAUGAUCCUGAUAACCCGAUUGAUCUGAAAUUUCAGCAGUCUUAUGGCAGUAUUGUAACCUACAGAUGGUAUGGUGAUGGCUACAUUAUGAUUGGUUUCUCACGAGGGUGUUUUGUAGUCAUUUCUACGCACAUUCGUGAAAUAGGUCAAGAAAUCUUUCAAGCUCAUAAUCAUAAGGAUAAUCUAACCAGCAUUGCUAUAUCACAGUCAUUGAACAAAGCUGCAUCAUGUGGAGACAAUUGCAUUAAAAUCCAUGACCUGUCAGACCUGAGAGAGAUGUAUGCUAUAAUAAACUUGGACGAUGAAAACAAAGGUGUAGAACAUCUGGCUUGGACAGACGAUGGACAGUUGUUGGCAGUAUCUACACGAAGAGCAUCCCUUCAUGUUUUCUUGACAAAGCUUCCAAUCCUUGGAGAUGCUUGCUGUACACGGAUCGCAUACCUCACUUCUCUUCUUGAAGUUACUAUAGCCAAUCACGUGGAGAGAGAGCUACCAGUCACUGUCUCUGUUGAAGUAGAGCCCAGUUUUGUUGCUAUUGGCGCCUAUCAUUUGGCUGUAGGAAUGAACAAUCGGGCUUGGUUUUAUGCACUUGGAGAGAAUAAUGUAAAAAAGCUUAAAGAUGUGGAGUACCUGGGUACGGUAGCAAACAUGCAUCUUAAUUCUGAUUAUGCUGCUGCUCUCUUUGAGGGUAAAGUCCAAUUGCAUAUGAUAGAAAGUGAAGGUUUGGAUGCUCAGGAAGAACGGGAAACUCGACUCUUCCCAGCGGGUGAUGAUAAAUGCCGAAUUUUGUGCCACGCUUUAACUGGUGACUUCCUCAUAUAUGGCACGGAUACUGGAGUUAUUCAUUAUUUCUACAUUGAAGACUGGCAAUAUGUGAAUGAAUAUCGUCAUCCUGUCAGCGUGAGAAAAAUUUUUCCCGAUCCCAAUGGAACCAGGCUGGCUUUCAUAGAUGAAAAAAGUGAUGGCUUUGUCUACUGUCCAGUAAGUGAUAGAUUAUAUGAGAUUCCAAAUUUCUCACCAACUAUUAAAGGAAUCCUGUGGGAAAACUGGCCAAUGGAUAAAGGUGUUUUUGUUGCUUAUGAUGAUGAUAAAGCGUAUACUUAUGUCUUUCAUAAAGACGCCAUUCAAGGGUCCAAGGUUAUAUUGGCAGGUGGCACCGAUGUCCCCUUUUCCCAUAAACCUUUGCUGUUGUAUAAUGGAGAACUAACUUGUCAGACUCAGAGUGGGAAAACAAACAAUAUCUAUCUCAGUACUCACAGUUUCCUUGGAAAUUUGAAAGACUUUGGACCUAAUGAGCUGGCAGAAAUGCUUACUCAAACGUUAAUGUUGAAAAGGUUUUCUGAAGCCUGGGAGAUAUGCAGGCUUCUGAAUGACCAGUGUGGUUGGAAUGAACUGGCCAAAGCCUGCUUAUAUCAUAUGGAGGUGGAUUUUGCAAUACGUGUUUAUCGGACAUUUGGUAAUGCUGGGAUGGUGAUGUCACUGGAACAAAUAAAGGGAAUAGAAGACCACAACCUUUUAGCAGGACACCUUGCCAUGUUUACUGGUGAUUUUAAUUUGGCUCAGGAUUUAUAUCUGGCAUCCUCCCGUCCUACUGCUGCACUUGAGAUGCGAAAAGACUUGCAACACUGGGACAGUGCACUUCAGCUGGCUAAGCGGUUGGCCCCAGACCAAAUCCCCUUCAUAUCAAAGGAGUAUGCAAUGCAGCUUGAAUUCACGGGUGAUUAUAUUAAUGCUCUGGCACAUUAUGAGAAGGGAAUCACUGGAGACAAUAAGUACCAGGAACAUGAUGAAGCUUGCCUCGCUGGAAUAGCUCAAAUGUCCAUUCGAACGGGAGAUAUCCGUCGAGGGGUAAACCAGGCCAUUAGGCAUCCCAGUAGGUUACUAAAAAGAGACUGUGGAACUAUUCUGGAGAGUAUGAAGCAAUUUUCAGAAGCUGCUCAGCUGUAUGAAAAGGGACAAUAUUAUGACAAGGCAGCAUCAGUAUACAUCCGGUGUAAAAACUGGGCAAAGGUUGGUGAGCUUCUUUCUCAUGUGUCAUCUCCAAAGAUUCAUCUACAAUAUGCAAAGGCCAAAGAAGCAGAUGGCAGUUACAAGGAAGCUGUGAUGGCUUAUGAAAAUGCAAAACAGUGGGACAGCGUAAUCCGACUGUAUUUGGAUCACCUUAAUAAUCCUGAAAAGGCCGUUAAUAUUGUGAGAGAAACACAGUCUCUUGAUGGAGCAAAGAUGGUGGCCAGAUUCUUCCUGAAGCUUGGUGACUAUGGCUCUGCCAUCCAAUUCCUGGUCAUGUCCAAGUGUAAUAAUGAGGCUUUCACUUUAGCUCAACAACACAACAAGAUGGAGAUUUAUGCUGAUAUCAUCAGUUCUGAGAAUACUAGCAAUGAAGAUUAUCAGAGCAUUGCACUAUAUUUUGAAGGAGAAAAGAAACAUUUUCAAGCAGGAAAAUUUUUCUUGCUGUGUGGCCAAUAUGCACGGGCUUUAAAGCACUUUAUAAAAAGUCCAUGCACAGAAGACAACUUGUCUAUAGAAAUGGCAAUUGAAACAGUGGGACAGGCAAAAGAUGAAGCCCUAACAAAUCAGCUGAUAGAUUAUCUUAUGGGAGAGAGCGAUGGCAUGCCUAAGGAUGCCAAGUACCUAUUCCGCUUGUACAUGGCACUGAAGCAAUACCGAGAAGCUGCCAGGACUGCUAUAAUAAUUGCCAGGGAGGAGCAGUGCUCAGGGAACUACCGAAACGCACACGAUGUUCUUUUCAGUAUGUAUUCAGAAUUAAAGACCCAGAAGAUUAAAAUUCCUUCUGAGAUGGCUACAAACCUUAUGAUUCUACACAGCUAUAUUUUAGUAAAGGCUCACGUGAAACGUGGAGAUCACAUGAAGGGAGCGCGUAUGCUGAUACGUGUAGCCAACAACAUCAGCAAGUUCCCGUCACACAUCGUACCAAUUUUGACUUCAACAGUAAUUGAGUGUCACAGAGCAGGACUGAAGAACUCCGCCUUCAAUUUUGCUGCCAUGUUGAUGAGACCCGAGUAUCGAAAUAAAAUAGAUCCGAAAUACAAAAAGAAAAUUGAAGCAAUGGUCAGACGUCCCGACACAAGUGAGGCAGAAGAGCCAACGACAGCCUGUCCGCACUGCGCGUUCCAGCUCCCUGAGUGCGAACUCCUGUGUCCCGGGUGCAAAAACAGCCUGCCUUACUGCAUUGCAACCGGCCGGCACAUGGUACAAGAUGACUGGACAGUCUGCCCCCACUGUGACUUCCCUGCCCUCUAUUCAGAAUUCAAGAACAUGUUACAGAGUGAAAAUAUAUGUCCAAUGUGUUCUGAAAGAAUUAACAUUGUUCAUCUUAAGAAAAUAAGUGACUGCACCCAAUACCUCAAACAAGAAGACAUGGACCAGUAAGUUCAGCCUGUCUUGUUCAGCAAGCUGCAAGGAACUCUAUCACUGCAUUACACGUUUUCUCCACUGGGAUUUAACAACAACCAUAUCACUUCUAUUUUUGUGAUAAUCUGUAAAUAUUUAGCUUUUGAUAAAUUUUGUACUUUGAUUUAUUAUAGUAAUAAACCCCAUUGAUUAAAUUAAAAUCUUAUC